AUGGCCAUCCAUGGACUCGUAAACGGGCACAGUCAGCCAUCCCAACCGCCUCGUUCGAUUCGACCUGGAGUGUUUGCACCAAUCCCCACCUUCUUUACGGCAGGGACUCAAGACCUAGACUUGGAAACAUUCAAGAUUCAGGUUGUCAAAGUGGCGAUCGCAGGAGUUGGAAUCGUCAUCGCCGGUACUAUGGGCGAGGCACACCAUCUUUCCCCAUCGGAACGUAUUGCGCUUAUUAAGGCAGCUCGGAGUGCGCUCGAUGACGCCUCCCCUUCUCUCGCUCAUGUGCCCAUCAUCGCUGGCACAGGUUCCGGGUCAACAAAGCAAACCAUUGAACUUACACACGAUGCGUAUCAGGCAGGAGCCGAUUACGCAAUUGUCAUCAUGAGCGGCUUCUUUGCAGGUGCUCUAGCAUCUAACAGGAAUGCGUUGAAGAGGUAUUGGAGUGAUGUGGCGGAGAACAGCCCUUUGCCGCUGUUCAUUUAUAACUAUCCAGGUGCAGCCGGUAGUAUUGACCUAGAAUCGGAUCUGAUCGUAGAACUCGCCGAGGAAAACCCAAAUAUCAUUGGAAUCAAAGCAGAUAGUUCCCAACCCGUGUGGGGUGUGGCACGCAUAGCAGCCGAAACUGCGGAUCCUGUGUGGAUGAAGAAACAUUCCAUCCCCACUUUCUUCUCCCCUCCGUCUUCGCAAACGCACACGGCCAUAACGGGCCUCGCAAAUGUGGCACCCCAUGCCAUCAGAAUUCUUUCCGAUCUUUCUUUCGCAUGCCAUCCAUCUUCUCCUGUCCCAACCAAAGGCGAACAGCCCGAUCUCUCACGCAAAUCGAUUUUCGCAGAAGCACAACGUUUGCAGGGAAUCAUUGCGAAUGCAGAUCGAACCAUUGCACUAGCUGGAGUAGCCGGAACGAAAUGGCUACUGCGUCGUCAGGAUCCGGGAUUGUUCCCUCCUGGUUCUGAAUGUCCUAGAAGACCGUUGAUGAAACUUGAUGAUGAGGCUGGAGAAAGGUUGUGGAUGCAGAGAGAUGUAGUGGCGCUCAAGGUCGAAGAAUCGAAUGCUGCUGCUAGUGCUGGUGCUUCUUGCAGUACGACCGUGGCGUAAUAGUCGAUGCUUAUGCUUGGACCCCUCUCUCUUCUUUCUACUUGUUUCGCCCAAUUGCUUGUUUUGCUCCCGGUAUCGUUGGUCAAACAGACCUCGUUCAUGAUAUUUUUUCACAGACGUCGAGCUAUCACUUGCCAUUCGGCUUUCAAACGUCGUACAUCCCGCUCUGCAACAGGCUGCUAAAAUAUAUCACCCUGUUUUGGCUAAGCAACCGUGGUUCGACUAACCUUAGGGUUCGGCCUUCCACGUGUUGAUUGUGCGACUAUCGCAUACGAAUAAACAAUUUCACUGGCUCUUUGCCGGAUCUGCAAGGGGAUCAAUAGGGGCAACGGAAAUAGACAGCCCGGGGGGUCUCGCGU